ACCGUGGAGUUAGUUGUAGUCGCGGGGACGAGGCUGACUGGUACGAAAUCAAAUUAACCCGGAAGUUCAGAAGUAAAAAACCACUGGAUUAUUGAUAUAGCGAUAACAAAUGCUGGCAAAACCUAUACGUACAGACACGGUAAACUGACACGAGACGGGUAAUCAUGGAAAGGCUACUCUCUAUCACUUUGCACGUUGCGAUUAUCACAGGUGAAAUCAUCUUUAUUGCCGCGGGAAUUCUUUUUACGGAAUGCCAGGGAGUGAUGGACACUUCUUUGGACACAAACUGUUCCAAGUCCAACAGUUGCACAGAUAACUCGACAACAGACAGCACCACCCUGAUACUGAUCAUCUGCUUGUCUGUUGUCGUCGUUACGGUCACUGUGGUCGUUUGCUGCUGUCUGCGACGGAAAGGAGUAGGCCUACUUAAAACAUGUAGCCAGAAAGCUGAACAAACCGCUGACCCUGAACAACAAGACGAUGAUUUUCGAGAUAUAUCUGCAACAGUCUCUGAUGACGUUACGAACUUGGAAGUCCAUCAACAAGCAGUAUCCGAUGAUGAAGAUGAUGAUAACAUGGAGUACAUAUACGCCGACGACAAGCAGGUGCGGACAUUAGUGGAUUGGAAAAGGGCUCAACCACACACGUACUCGAACGUGAACCAAGAUGGGAGGAACGGGGUUAACGCCCAUGGCGUCAGGACAGCCAAGAAGAAGCCAGACGAUGAGAAAACCAAAACAGCAACAGACAGACGGAGUGACUCUGAAGAUGAUGACUCGCAAGAAUAUGUCAACCCAGAUCUGGAGUACGCACCUCCGUCCAGCGGUCACAAAAACAUCCUGGAUAACAGAAAAGCUGACGAACGAGAGACUAUCAUUGAACACGAAUACUUUGACCCCAAACGGUCACACUCGUCUAUGUCUAGAGACGUAGAAAAUACUCUAGGUGAUGAUACAGAACCCCCAAGUUGUGAUAACCUUGAUUAUGAUUACGCUUACUGUCAUCAGGUACUAGGCAGUCUCGAACUGCGAAGACCCGGUACCCACCCUACAUCGCCAAGAGAUCUUGAAAACACUUUGGCUAGCACGGGUAGUAAGGAACAGAAAGUCGCUAGUGACCUAAAAUACUUAAGUAAACAAAAUUCUCCUGACAUGUCUGGCCUUGACGAAAAACCGUUGGUGUCCCGCCGCAAUAGAUCCUAUGAAAACAUACACCAGGCUUUCAAAAUCAGUGACCCUCCGCUCCUGAAAACUGCUCUUGCCCAGACUGAGAGUGACGAAGAUGACGAGAACGAGUAUAUCGGCCCAUCACCCCCGCCUCGUAACUUCAAUUACGAUUAUGCAUACGGACACCAGCUUCGGGGACCAGGAAGUGCUAAACCUGGUGAACCCUACUCCAGAUCACCCGCUGAUCCGACUAUGCCAAAAAGUCCCCGACCCAUGGAUAAACCACGAGUGUUUCCCCGUGCCAAACAGGGACAAAAUAUUGAGAAUUCACGCUUCGAAAUCGGGCCUCGAGCGAGGUCUGAACCCCAACGAGACCAGAGAUGCGUGUACGAAGUUGUAGCCUUGGAGAUGUAGCUAGGCCUAAUGCCUCCCUUGACAUUCACACAAAAAUGUUAUAAUCAGUUACAAUAUACAUUAUAAUCAAACAGAUGAUCAUGGGUAUGGUCCUAGCAAUGCAUUCAUGGCACUCAUCAUAACCUAUUAUUUAACCCGACAUUUAUUCGUUAUCAACUGCAUCCCGGCAGACCUGACAAUUUAUCUGCGGCCUGAGAAGAUUCAACAUAGUGACACAAUACGCUACCAUACUCAAAUUUUCAUUAUAGCCCCCCCCCACAUUUUGCGAUUUCCCACUCAGCCCUUAAAAUUCCUUGUUGGCUUUUGGAGUCAAUGCCACAUGCAGACAUUGACAUAUAGCCCUAUGACACGUAAUCUGAAAUGGUGAUGAGAUAAUUAAACAAUAAGGGGCAACUAUUACUUGAAAAGCCACCCCAGAAAUGGCUGAACAUGUUCAAUACAUUAAAAUUUGUAAAUUUUUAAUUGGAAAAAUAUUAUUUACGUAUAUGUAAAACUGUUACACUGUGAAAGAUUUCACAUUAAAUUCGGGAUGUCGUGACAAG